CAUCCCCCACCCUCUACAUCCCCCCCACAUCCCCCACCCUCUACAUCCCCCCACAUCCCCCACCCUCUACAUCCCCCCACAUCCCCCACCCUCUACAUCCCCCCACAUCCCCCACCCUUUACAUCUCCCCACAUCAACCACCGUCUAUAUCCCCCCACAUCACCCACACUCUACAUCCCCCCACAUCCCCCACCACCCAUAUCCCCCACCCUCUACAUCAACCACCCUCUACAUCCCCCACCCUCUACAUCCCCCCACAUCCCCCACCCUCUACAUCCCCACCCUCUGCACCCCCACCCUCUACAUCCCCCACCCUCUCAUCCCACCACAUCCCCCACCCUCUUCAUCCCCCACCCUCUACAUCCCCCCACAUCCCCCACCCUCUACAUUCCCCCACAUCCCCCGCCCUUUACAUCCCUCCACAUCCCCCACCCUCUACAUCCCCCCACAUCCCCCACCCUCUACACCCCCACAUCCCCCAACCCCCACAUCCCCCACCCUCUACAUCCCCCCCACAUCCCCCACCCUCUACAUCCCCCCACAUCCCAAACCCUCUACACCCCCCCACCCCCACAUCCCCCACCCUCUACAUCCCCCCAAAGAAAAAAAAACACACUUAUUUCUCGUAUCUUAGUUUGA